AUGAACCUAGUCCAGAACUUCACAGAACGGUUGAGGCCGAUAUUGGGCUUGAAAAGUUGGGAUUACUUUGCCAUUUGGAGGUUGACUGAAGAUCAAAGGUCUCUUGAGUUGGUGGACUGCUGCUGUGCUGGAACUGAGAAUAUCCAUAGUGGUGAAGAACUUUUCCCUCUUUCUCCUUCCCUUCCUUGCAGAGAUGUCAUCUAUCAGCAUCCAAGAACCAAAGCCUGCGAUUUGCUAGCACAGCUACCUUCUUCAAUUCCUCUGGAUUCUGGCUGCGGCAUGUAUGGAGAGACUUUGAUGUCUAACCAGGCCAGAUGGUUGAACUUCUCGCCUAACGUGGAUUCGUCCCUUUCUGGAAAUUCAAUGGGAACGAGAGUUUUGACUCCGGUACCUGGUGGACUGGUUGAGUUUUAUGUUGCUAAGCAGGUACCUGAGGAUCAAGAAAUUAUUGAAUUUAUUACGGCUCAGUGCAACAUCUCUUUGGAGCAGCAGUCCAUAUUCAUUCAUGCAGACACAAUUCACUCAAGCUUCUCAGCAAAUGUGGAUGGGCUUCAUGCAGUUGAAGGAAGUGACGGAAAGGCCUCAUGCAAAAUUUUCAGUUCACCAGUUAAUCCCUCUACGGGGAAACAAACCCUGGAGCUGCCUUCUGAUGUAUCCAUGGAUCAAAUACACUUGAACCAUUCUCCAUUGAAUAUCGCGCAAGCCUUUAGUUAUAUUUCGGAUAAUGCCGGAAGCAAGAAUGAUACGAUGUUCUAUGAGGGAACACAUGAAUUGAAUACUUUUACAUCUUCCAUGGAAAAUGGAAUCCAGGAUAUGGAGGCAGCAUUGCAGAAGCACAUGAUGAGCCAAUCAGGAAACAUGCUUAUGCAAAUGAUGGAACCCUUACCUAACAAGGAAGAUCAAGGUAAUGAAAAUGAUUCUUACAAACAGGAGAAUGGUCCUUCUAAUUCAGUCUCUGACAGUGAUCCAAAUGAUGAUGAGGAUGAUGCCAAGUAUAGAAGGAGAACAGAAAAGGGACAAUCCAAAAAUCUUAUGGCUGAGAGGAAGCGUAGAAAGAAGCUUAAUGAUAGGCUCUACGCCCUCCGUGCCUUGGUCCCUAAAAUUUCAAAGUUGGAUAGAGCUUCCAUACUUGGGGAUGCAAUUGAGUAUGUGAAGGAAUUACAGAAGCAAGUAAAAGAUCUCCAGGAUGAGCUUGAAGAGAACUCAGACGAUGAGGAUCCGAGGAACUCUGGAAUAACCAAUAAUCCAAACAUUCUCCCACCAAAUGUGUUUCAGGGAAAUGGGAUGAACUUUGGAGUAUAUAAAUCUGAGCAUGAAACUACCUCAAAUGGAAAUCAUAAGAGAAUAUCAGGUAAUGGUGGCACGGAUCUGUCAAGUCAGGAACCGGAGAAUAUUGCUGAUAAGGUGCAGCAAAUGGAGCCACAAGUGGAAGUUACACAACUGGAUGGGAAUGAGUUCUUUGUCAAGGUAUUUUGUGAGCAUAAACCAGGUGGAUUUGUUAGGUUGAUGGAAGCCUUGAAUUCAAUUGGUUUGGAAGUCAACAAUGUAAAUGCAACCAGACACACAUGCCUAGUGUCAUACAUCUUUAAAGUGGAGAGAAAGGACAGUGAAAUGCUCCAGGCAGAUCAUGUUAGGGAGUCCUUGCUCGAACUAACUCGAAAUCCAUCUAGAGGGUGGUCUGAUAUGGCUAAAGCAUCAGAAAAUGAAGACAAAAUGGAUCUUUACCAACUCCACCACCACCACCACCACCAUUCCCGCCUUCACAACCACCAAAUCAAUUCUCACCACCUCCAACAUCUGCAUAACUAA